CGGUUUCGGGUGCCCCCCCCCCUUGCUGGGGGCGGGGCUUAGAGAGGGGGCGUGGUUUGUAUUCACGAGGCUGUGGGCAGGGUCGCGUCCCGGUCGCCACGGCAACCGCCGCUGCGCGUUUCUAUUGGCCGGCGGCGUGGAGGCCUCGCCCCCGCGGCAACCCGCCAAUCGGUGCGGCGGCGCGCCUCCCUGCGCUCUGCCCGGCAACGCUCCUGCUCCGCCCUUCCCUAUUGGCCGGCCGCUGCAGCCAAUCAGGAGGCGCGGCGGCGAGCAUGCGCGGUGCUCCUCCCCGUUGCCGUGGCGACGCGGCGGCCUGGGAGGGGGCGGCCCCGCCCCCCUCGGCCCCGGUUCCCAUGGCCCCCCCCGGGGCGGCGCUGGCCGCCGGGCUCCUCUUCUUCCCCGGGCUCUUCCUGCUGGCCAAGGCCGCCCUCCGCCGGCUGCGCUGCCCCGAGCCCCACGCCGCGAUCCUGGCCGCCAGGCUGGUGUCGUCGGUGCAGGCGGUGAUGGCCUCCACGGCCGGCUACAUCAUCUCCUCCUCCUGCCACCACGUCAUCGAUGACCAGCACUGGCUAGCGGGGGCGUACCCCCAGUUCGCCGUCCCCUACUUCGUCUACGACGUCUACGCCAUGUUCCUGUGUCACUGGCACCGAGGACGGGUGAAAGGACAUGAGGUGGCACCUCCCCCGUCCCUGAGAGCGGCUGCUGGCGCCUACCUGCGCAAGGACCUCCUCAUGGUGCUCCACCACGCCGCCAUGGUGCUCGUCUGCUUCCCAGUGGCUGCCCUGUGGCGCCAGGGGAAGGGUGACUUCUUCUUGGGGUGUCUCCUGAUGGCCGAGCUCAGCACCCCCUUCGUCUGCCUCGGCAAGGUCCUCAUCCUGUACCAGCGCCAACACACGACUCUCCACAAGCUCAACGGGGUGGCCUUGCUGGUGACCUUCCUCCUCUGCCGCGUCCUCCUCUUCCCCUACCUCUACUGGGCCUACGGCCGCCAGCGGGGGCUGCCGCUGCUGCAGGUGCCAGGGGCGCUGCCCCCCACCUACAACGCCGCUGCCGCCGCCCUCCUGGCCCCACAGCUCUACUGGUUCGCGCUCAUCUGCCGGGGAGCGUGGCGCCUCUUCCGCACCCCGCCCCCGCCCCCCCGCCAGCCCCCCUGAGCCCGCCCCCCACCCCCCCACCCCUCUGGAGAUCUCGGGAGGGGGGGACGACUCACUGGGGGAUCUAUGGGGCAUGCUGGGGGAUGGUCCUGGGGUCCCUAUGGGGCACCCUGGGGUGUCCUGGGGGCACCUUGGGGAUCUGUGGGGCAUCCUGGGGGGGGGAGGUGGUGUCCUGAGGUCCCUAUGGGGCACCCUGAUGUCCCCAUGGGUCCCCCCCAGCCAUGGCACCCCCAAGCAGCACCCAUGGGUGCCCCCAGGGAGUGGCAGGGUGCCCAGGGCUGGAGCUGGGGCUGUCACCAUCCCCAGGGUGAGAGGUGUCACCGUCCCCAGGGGUGUCACCGUCCCCAGGGUGUCCCCAGGGUGAGAGGUGUCACCGUCCCCCAGGGUGUCACCAUCCCAAGGGGUGUCACCAUCCCCAGGGUGUCCCCAGGGUGAGAGGUGUCACCGUCCCCCAGGGUGUCACCAUCCCAAGGGGUGUCACCAUCCCCAGGGUGUCCCCAGGGUGAGAGGUGUCACCGUCCCCCAGGGGUGUCACCAUCCCCAGGGUGUCCCCAGGGUGAGAGGUGUCACCGUCCCCAGGGGUGUCACCGUCCCCAGGGUGAGAGGUGUCACCGUCCCCCAGGGGUGUCACCAUCCCCAGCGUGUCCCCAGGGUGAGAGGUGUCACCGUCCCCCGGGGUGUCACCAUCCCCAGGGUGUCCCCAGGGUGGAGGUGUCACUGUCUGCAGGGUGUCCCCAGGGGUGUCACCAUUCCCGGGGGGGGUCCCCAGGAGUGUCACCGUACUCAGGGGGAGGUGCCCAGGGUGGGAGUGUCACCCACCCCAGGUCAUCCCCAGGGGUGUCACUGUACCCGGGGGGGGUGGCCCAGGGUGGGGGGGUGUCCCUCUCCCCUCCCCCAUGGGCACAGCGGCUUGACCCACAUUAAAGAACUUUGGGGACA